AUAAAUCAUGAUGAUCAUGAAAUUAUGAUAAGACAAACAUGUCGACAAUUUUAUGCAUUAAAUGUAAUAAUUUCUCAUUUUUUGGUUCCUUGUUUAUUUUUCAUAUUUAAGAUCGCCUUUAGAUUAAUGAUGCUGAUAAUGAAUAUUGCGGUAUGUGCAUUUUGAAUUGUGCAUUACCUUGAAAAGUCUUGCUUUCGGACUUACCUUUCACCAGCUAACGCCAACGCAACUAGAAUCGUUAAAAACUCAUUAUGACAAUAGAUUCUGACUGUCAACAUUUAUUGCUUCAUAUGUUCCUUAAAAAAUUUGUGCUAUUGUUUUCCUGAAAUGUGUUGGUCGACUGAGUCAAUCUAAUCAUUUAAACUCAACUUUUCAUGAUUCACAUUAAUUCAAAAUGUUAUUCAUAAAUUAUCUUAAUAUUAUCAUAUUAUUGAUUAACAGUAAAAUAGUUUAUUCAAAUGUGACAUCAUCAUCUGAUUUCUUUGCCAAACAAUCUUUUCUCGUACAAACUGGAUUUUCAAACAUUGUGUGGACUUACAUUGGGUCAAGUGAUUUUAAACAACAAAAUGUUUCUUCUUCAUGUAAAUCUAGUUUAUACCAUGUCAUUGAAUCGAUUAAACAAGGACAAGAUUGGGCAUUUAAAUUAUCUGAUGCAUCAGGACGUGUCCCAGCUGAUUUCAUUGGUUUGGGUAGCGUUGAUCCUGGUAAUUAUGAUAAGUGUUUAACCCUUGAUUGGACUGGACCAAGUGGACUGAAAGAAGCAUCAAAAUAUUGUUUCGUCUCUUUACUACCAAAUAAUGAACAAAAUUCACAAACCAAAAUAUACACUCGAGAUAAAAUACUUGCUUCAAAAUUUGGUUUUGAUAUCCAAAUUGGUUUCUGUAUACCAUCAACAUGUUCAAAUGACGAUCUAACCAUUACUUUAAAGGAAGCUUUAAAAUCAUAUUCAUGGGAUCUAGUUACUAUCAGAAAUUGUGAAGUUAAAACCCAGAGGUUAGUCCAAGCCUCAACACUUCAAAAGAUUUGCCUAUUCAUCUUGGCUAUUCUUGUUCUCACCGUGUUUUACUCAACAUAUUUGGAUAGACAAUCAACACUAAGCGCUUCUGAAUCGGCAACAAAAUUUCAAUGGUUUAAACACUUCUCAAUCAUCUCUAGUUAUCGUCAAAUUGCCGAGCCAAAUUGGUCGUCGGGUCGCAUGUUGUUUCUCGUUAAAUUUGCUAUUUUAAUGCACUCAAUAGUUUUGCUUGAACAUGUGAUAGCAUGGCCACUUCUUUCGAAAACCUUCCCUUUCAUAGCGGUUUCUAGCCAAGUAGCACUUAAUCAAGACAGUAAAAUGCUGCAAUACAUAAACGCUGAAUGGAUCAAUGAAGGAAUAUUCGUUUAUGGAGGGACCGCUCGAGCUUUGGAUCUAUGGAAAAAUAUUGGACCAGGAACAUCAUUCACUCGGUUACUGAUCAAUAUUUUGUUCAAAUGGAUUUCAUUAUCAUUUUUGAUGGCAAUUACAAUGUUCAUUCAGAUAGUGUUGCCGUUAUUCAUUUCUGGACCUUCUGGUGUAAUAAAAAACUCAUCAAAGGCUUGUGAAAAGUCGUUCUUCAAAGUCAUCUUUCAACACAACCAUUGGCUUGACGACCCAGAUGACUAUUGUUUAAUACAUUUUUGGACAGUCAAUGUUGAAUCUUACUACUUGAUCUUACUUGUAACACUCAUCUACCUCUACAAACGUCGUCCAAAAAUUGCUUUAUCCCUGAACAUAAUUUUAUUGGCUGGUUCUUUACUUUUCGUCGCUUCACAUUUUUACAUAAAUCAACACAAAAUUCACGCUGGUAUUCGAGUAGACGAUUAUGAUGAAGCAAUGAGAUACGGUUUUGGCGUUUACGCGACAGGCUUCAUGCAUCUUUGGAUUUACAUGCCAACAAUUUUGUCCGUUUAUCUGAUUAUGAACAAUUAUGAUGAUAUUAUAAAUAAGGUGCACUUUUUGAGAAUUGUGUCUCGCAAUCUCGUCAUUUUUGCUGGUAUUCUGUCGAUCUGUCCAAUGAUAUAUUUUUUUGCAGUCAACUUUAAUCAGUCUCGAUUUACUGAUGCUAUUUAUGCAGCACUUCAACGAGUUUUGGUUAUCAUAUUUUAUUGCUUCGUUUUGUUUCUCAAUGGCGAGGAAGCUAAAAGUUGCUGCUCAAAGGCCAAAAAAGUUAAAAUAGAUGAAAUUAACAAUGACGAGGACAACAAUACCAUAGGAAAUAUUGAAAGUAUCUCAAUUAGUCCUGGAAGAGGGAAAUUUUAUCACGUCUUGUCGACCAUUUUGCGUUCAACUUACUGGAUUCAUAUUCCCGUAUUGAUUGUGGGUAUUAACUCGCUACGAUAUCCAAUAUUAACACAAAGUGGACUGAUUUACCAUCUAACUGGACAAAUUUUUUACUGCUUAUUCGGUGGAUUUUUAUUCCAUUUAUUUGUAAAUGCACCGACCAACAGUAUUUUUCACUCACUGAAAAAGUCUUUAUCUCUUUGAAUGUUACAUUAUUGUAACAAGCUGAGCCCCCGAUCAUGGCUGAUCGUAAAUUUAUUUUCACUGAAUACAAUAAAUUCAAUCCACAUUUAAAGACUUGAAUGCUUUAUACAAAAUCAUUGCCAAUGAGAAAAACUAAAAAUUUUCGUUCAUUUUGAGAGUUGUACAGUUGAAGCACCAGAUAUUUAACUUACUCUUUGCUCGAAAGACAGUUUUACAUAUACUCCUAACCCAACAAUAAACCAUCAAUCUGAAUACAAAAAAGUUUUUCCCCCAAAGUCAAUAGUAAAAGAUACGGAUUCUGC